CGUGGCCGGAAGGGGGACGUGAGUGUGGCCGGCGGGCACUGAGCUCCUGCGGGCCGGGCCGGUGUCUGCCGCCCUGUGUCGCCGGGGAAUGCGAGGCGGCCGGCCCCUGGCCCCCCUCGUGGCCUGCGGGCAGGGGCUGCGCGGUGCCGCUGCCCCCUCCCCGUAGCUCCGGGGCCCGCCCCCGGACCGCGUGCCCGGGGAGAUCCACAGUCGCCGGUCGGCGCCGGGCCGGGGCGCUCGAUGCGCAGCCGGGGAUGCCCGGCCCUCGUUCCGUGACCUUUCCCGUUAGAGGACUCCGGGCCCGCGUUCACCCCCUGCCCCCGCGAAGGGCCAAGGGCAGGCGGUGCCGUCCGGUGGAGCGCCUCGGGAGCCGCCGAGAGGUCUUUGAGCCCCAACCGAGUCAUCACCAGCUUUGUUCAAGAUGCCACCGGCCGUCGGAGGCCCUGUGGGAUACACCCCUCCUGAAGGAGGGUGGGGAUGGGCUGUGGUCAUCGGAGCUUUCAUCUCCAUUGGGUUUUCCUACGCCUUCCCCAAAUCCAUCACUGUGUUCUUCAAAGAGAUUGAGGUCAUCUUCAAUGCAUCUAGCAGCAAAGUCUCGUGGAUCUCCUCCAUCAUGCUGGCUGUUAUGUAUGCAGGAGGUCCCAUCAGCAGCAUCCUGGUGAACAAAUACGGCAGCCGACCCAUCAUGAUUGUGGGUGGGUGCCUCUCUGGGUGUGGUUUGGUUGCAGCUUCUUUCUGCAACACUGUGGAGGAGCUCUACUUCUGCGUGGGCGUUGUAGGGGGCCUUGGACUUGCAUUUAACCUGAACCCAGCCUUAACCAUGAUUGGCAAGUACUUCUUCAAGAAGCGUCCCCUGGCAAAUGGACUGGCUAUGGCAGGCAGCCCCGUGUUCCUGUCGACCUUGGCGCCUGUGAACCAGAUGUUCUUUGGUAUAUUUGGCUGGCGAGGGAGCUUCCUCAUCCUCGGUGGUCUCCUGCUGAACUGCUGUGUUGCUGGGUCCCUCAUGCGACCAAUUGGCCCCAAGCCAGACCAGCUGAAAAAAGAGGCUGCUAAAGAGGUGUUGCAGGAAGCUGGGAAAGCGAAAAAAGAUGACGGUGAUACUAGCACAGACCUCAUCGGUGGGAAGGCGAAGAAAGAGAAGAGCACGCUCUUCCAGACGAUCAACAAGUUCUUGGACCUUUCCCUGUUCACGCACAGAGGCUUCCUGCUCUAUCUGUCGGGCAAUGUGAUCAUGUUUUUUGGGCUCUUCACUCCCUUGGUCUUCCUCAGCAAUUAUGCGAAGAGCAAGAAGAUUGCCAACGAGUCUGCAGCCUUCUUGCUCUCCAUACUGGCCUUUGUAGACAUGGUAGCCAGACCUUCCAUGGGACUGGUGGCAAACACCAAGUGGAUCAGACCGAGAGUCCAGUAUUUCUUUGCCAUCUCCGUGAUUUACAAUGGGGUGUGCCACCUCCUGGCCCCCAUGUCCACCACCUACGCUGGGUUCUGCAUUUAUGCUGGCUUCUUUGGCUUUGCCUUUGGCUGGCUUAGCUCGGUGCUCUUUGAAACCCUGAUGGACCUGGUGGGAGCACAAAGGUUCUCCAGCGCAGUCGGCCUUGUGACCAUUGUGGAGUGCUGCCCGGUGCUUCUGGGACCCCCUCUGCUUGGUAAGCUCAAUGACAUGUAUGGUGACUACAAGUACACGUACUGGGCCUGUGGGGUCAUCCUCAUCAUCUCUGGGGUCUACCUCUUCAUCGGAAUGGGCAUCAACUACCGCCUGGUGGCGAAGGAACAGAAGGCAGAGGAGAAGACGAGGAAUGAAGGGAAAGAGGAGGAGACCAACAUCGAUGAGGCUGAGAAACAGAAAGAGGCAAACAAUGACGUGGCCACCUUGCCACAGAAGAGCACGGAAGACGGUGUCAAAGAGGAAGAAAGCCACAUGUGAGGGACUGGUUUUAAUCCCAGUGUGUCGGGGGGAAGUGCCGCUGCCCUGAAGCGGUGUCUGGGGAAAUGCUCUGCUGGUGUUGAGCGGCUGUGAGAAGUGUUUAAACCAGGUGUUCAUUUUUAACCAGGCUCUGAAUUGUCUUUCCAUCUGUGUUCAGCAAAGGUAACAGAGCUAUGUGUGCAGUAUCCUUGCGUGUUUGGGGUGGGGGUGGGGGAAGGGAUGACUUUUAAUAUUCUGGCUUUUUAACAGUAACAUGAUUGUACUAAUACGUGCCUUACAGUCUUCAUAUCUAGCUGAAUCUGGAUGAGCCUUAACUCUACUCUGUAAACCGUGCUUUAGCUCUGUAUUCUGCUCGGGGUAUGGUGUGUGUGUGCGUGUAUUUUUAAGGAGUUCUGUUGUUAAAAAGCCAUAAAAAGCAGGAUACUGGAUUUGUUGAAGCACAGGGGGUGUCAGGGCCAAGCCCCGGAUGAAUACUGCUUCACACGCUUCUUACUGCAGGCUAUCCACAGGGGGGAGAUCUGGGCAUGGGGGCAGGGGGCCUUCAGCUCCUGUACCAGAUGCCUCCUGGCUCUGUUAGGUGGUCUUUAGGUAUGUUUUGAAAACACUUUUAGCUACUGUAGUUCUUUAAAAAUCCUUCUUUUGUAGUUGUGUUCUCAUGGGAUAUUCAGGUUGAAAAAGGAUGGCUGGAGUUCAUGUUGGGCAGUGUCUUCUGUGCGGGUGUCCCCCGGGCCUGAGCAGCCGUGGUGUGCAUCAGCCCUCCUCCCCAUGAGGUGCCACCUGCGGAGGGUUGGGGUCUGUGCCCCCCGUGGGUGGGAGCCUCCUGCCUCCACCUCUGCAGUGUUUCUUCUUGAUGUGAUGUGACCCAAACUGGGCACUGGCGUGGGGAGCACCAGUCCACCGACCCCAUCUGGGGGGACUCGCAGGUGCUGCCCUGUCUCUGGGGGGGGUUUCUACCUGGAAACCCCCAGCUCAGAGUCCUGACAAGACAAGUGGGUUUGGAUGCUUAACGCUUUGCAGGCUGAAGGGGCCAGAUAGACUGGACUAUCGUUGAUACAUCCCUGAGACAGGUAUUCUGCUUUUGCUCUUUUAUCUCUUAGAAAAACCUCUUCUACUUGCUUCUGUUCAACUAAGAUAUUAAGGCAAUGGAUGCCAAACCACUCACAUCUAGGAUGUGUAAGGGGGUGGAAAGAAUUUGUAUGUAUUUAUUUUUUAUUUUUUAGUGUUGGAAAAUAUCUCAACGUAUGUGGAGCAGGUUAAUGGCUCUCAAGUUCUAGUAAAUGUUGAUCAGAAAUCUUGUAAGAGGCUGAGUAUUUUUUCAAAUAAACUUGUUUUUUUUACAAUUCACCCAUCAAAUGUUGAACUCUUCUUUCAUACUUACAGCCAUGUUCCAGGAACAUGCCAAACAACGUAUAUUUGGGGUGGGUUGGGGGAGAUGAAGUGGGGCUAAAGCAGCCUGGCUGGUCAGAUGUGGUGCAAAGCAGUUCCUUAGCCCAGGUCCUGGUGGUGUGAGAGGAGGCAGCAAGGAGACUCGGUGCUUUCCUUUAGGGGCUGGUUUAGCUUCCCUGUGCAGAUCUCUUCCUGCAGUGUGAAGCUCCUCAGCCUGAAACUCCUGCCUGCGGGAGAGGGUGCCCUUUCCCAUGGGCACAGCGUCAGCCUUGCCAGGCUCAACUUGGGGUGUGUGGGAGUGCGUGUGUGUGCAUGCCUGCAUACGUGUCUUACUGCUUUGGUUGCAGCCUUUGCAUGUCAGGAAAACACAGCCUUGGGGAGAACCUGGGUUCCUACCUGCUUUUCCAGCUGUACAGAGCUCCUAAUUUGAUGUACCCUACCUGGGGGGGAAGAUGCUGUGGUUCCUGCAAGGGAUGAAAUGUUUUGCAUGUCUUUCAAUCUCUUCAGCUGCAAGAGGAGGCUUUUGUUCAGAGUUUGCAAGAUGGCCACAACUUGGUCUCUUAUUCUUUUUUUUAGAGACACUCUCCCACCCUUUUUAAAAGGAUGCUUAUGAAUGCCUUAAUGUUCCUCUUUACUAUGGGGUGUGGAGGGGCACCCAAAUGUCUGUUCUAUGGGCAGGGCUGUGAUGAAGGGGCUCUCCCUGCCUGCCCAGGCUGGCAGCCUGUGGUGCUGUGGGUGCUCUGGGCUUGGUGCUGGUGGGAUGAGGGAACCCAAACCCCUCCUGGUCAGCCUCACACCCUGCCCCAAGUAUGCCUGGUGUGGCAUCGUGUGGGGUUGCUGACUGCUCUGCUCUGUGCUGCUGCUGGGGUUCUCUAGCUGUGUGACAGCCAGCUCCAAAUCUCACAAAACUAGACAAGGUAUUUCAUACUGUAGAGAAACUUUAUAAAGCCAACAGUAUUUUGUACAGGUUUUUAUUGUACUGAGCGGCGAUACUGGAAAACCAAGUAACUGUAUUUCCAUAAAUGCUGUGUCUAUUGUAGCUACCGUAACUGGUUCCCAUCACAAUAAACUAACCGUGAUCAGUUG